AUGAGUCAACCCACCACCCUGCCAAAAUCUGCACCAACAAAGAGAGCCUUUCGUAUUGCUCACCAAGCACUCUGUCUUACAAACAUCGACUUCUCUCAAUGCAUUGUGCUUGGUUUUACCCAGUUGGUAGUUUGGCCGCUGGAUACCUCUCUCAGGCGUAUCCCUCUGAAUGUGCGCCAGUGUCGUGUGCAUCGGGUUCUUUUGGAGGCUGCAGAAGAUCAUUUUAAGGGUCCCGUGGACCCCUAUUCGCGCAUUUAUCCCCCUACCGACGUACCAGUUUCUUUCUCGGACCCUUGUAUUGAAAUAUACAAGCAAGAUUCCAAGUUUCGAACCUUGGAUAGUUUUGAAACGAAGCACACUUCAGCAGUCGCUGCUGCCGACCCAGAUGAGGGAGGUGGAGAAUUGACCAUUCGGAUUCCACCCACUUUCUUCAGCCUCGUUCAGGAGAAACGACCUCUUUUGAUCACCAUCGAAUUCUCGCUCACUCGUCCCACGUAUGGCUUCCAUUUCGUCAUCCCAGAAGACGGUUCUCUGGAGAGUGCGUGCGCUUUUACCGGGGGCCCCCCAAACUCCUCUCGUGCUUGGUUUCCGUGCCUUGACUGCAGCGAACCGUGCACCUGGAAGAUUGAAAUCACCGUUGACGACGACUUCGUCGCCAUAGCACCUGGUGAACUCCUUGGUCCUCCCGAGUACACCGACGACUUGCGCUCAAAAACGUACCAAUUCUACCUCGCACAUCCCACCUCGGCGCCUUCUAUUGGUCUGGCGGUCGGUGCCUUUGACAUCUUUCCUGACCCGAAUGAGUCGACGGGUACCACGAUCAUCACCCACUUUUGCCCAAAAGGUCUACUUCCCCUGUUGGAACACACUAUUCAACCGCUCGCAGGGGUUGUCGAAUACUACGAGGGCGAGCUAGCCUCACAGUUUCCGUUUCACUCCUUAAAAACGGUGUUUGUCGAUCGCGCGUUCGAGGAUCACCAAUCGUUCGCCUCACUCAUAGUCUUCUCCGUCGAUUUACUGCACUCGGCGCGCAUAAUCGACCAGGCGAUUGCAACUCGUCGUGUUUUUGCAUUUGCAGUUGCACAGCAAUUUUUCGGGUGCGCGCUGCAAGCCGAGACGUGGUGUGGUGCCUGGUUGCCCUACGGCAUAGCCGGUUACCUUGCCGGACUUUAUCAGAAACGGGUCUUUGGCAAUAAUGAGUACCGCUACCUCAUCGCCAAUGAAAUGCGGACCGUGACUAUGUACGAACACACGCGGCAUGGCAUCAUCUUGGACCCGAGUAAUACGAUUCGUAAGAAUACGUAUUUCAGCCUAAAACACCCCCAGGUCCUCUCUCCAGAAUACCUAAACGUCUACAUCAAAAAGUCCCACCUGGUGAUCAGGAUGCUAGGCAUGCGAUUCGGUCAACGCGUAAUUCUACAGGUUUUUAACAAACUCUUCGCAUUGGCUCGUUUAUCAACCAAUCAGUCCUCCGGUUCGGACGAGGAGUUGUCCACCGACGUCGCCUCAGCGCCAGGCAAUGCCGCGAGCAGCGGUCGGGACGGCGUCGUGCCCCCGUUGUUGAGCGAUGAGAACCGUUCCAACUUGCUUCUUUCCACCGAAUUUUUCAGGCGGAUAAUCUCCACAGUUACGGGACAGGAUAUAGAAAACUUCCUUGACCAAUGGGUCUUCAAACCGGGUCACGUUCGCCUCUUCGCCAAGUUCCAUUUCAAUCGGAAGCGCAACGUUGUUGAACUAGAAUUGAAACAGGAUCUCCAAUCGCGCAGCACCCUUAACUACACCGGUCCGUUGACCGCCAUGCUGCAGGAGCUUGACGGACCCUUCAUGCACACCUUCAAACUGGAAGAGGGCCGGACCUCCAGGGAUCUGCAGUGCCACUCGAAAUCACGAAAGCACAAGAAGAAGAAGAUUCCUCUCUCCAACGGCGAUGAGGUCGAAAUGGAUCUGGGUCGGAUCGACUCCGACUCUCCCCUCCUUUGGCUGCGACUAGAUCCCGACCUGACGGUGAUCCGGAGCAUCCACACGGAACAGGCGGACUUCGCGUGGCACCUGAUGCUGACUUACGAUCGGGACUGUCUUGGCCAAUUGGAGGCUGUGCAUGCUUUAGCUGACUUCGCGUCACCUGAAACUCGUCAUGCAUUGUCCAAUAUCGUCGGGGACGAAAAGGCAAGCUAUCAAGUGUACUACCGAGUGAGAACCGACGCCUGUUUCGUCCUCUGUCGCGUCGCCAACGAAUUAGCAAGCGUCGGUGGAGGUAGUGGCCUUGGCGGUGCUGCUGGUGGUGGUGGGGUUGGGGGAGGUUCCAGUCAUCAUCCCCAUCAAACCUCGUCGGUUCUGAUUCCCCUGUUUUGGCAACUCUACUCCUCCCCCAUGGCCCGUGGACUCGUCCGUCAGAACGACUUCUCCAAUCUCCAACGCUACUUCCUGCAAAAGGCCAUCGUGCGGGCUGUUGCCACCCUGCGUGUCCAGCAAGUCUGUCCUCGUGACGUGCUGAACUUUCUGGUUGAGUUGAACCGCUACAAUGACAACUCGCGAAACGACUAUUCAGAUUGCUACUAUCGCGCCGAGUUGAUUAAAGCCAUGAAGGACACGCUGACUCCUGCGAUUGUCAUGCGCGGCGUGAUUUCGGUCUCCUCACUGCCCCUUGAGGUGCGGACGGUGGUUGAGGAGGUGGCUCGGUGCAUAAAUCUCGACUCACAGAUCCCUAGCUACAAGAAAGCCGUCACCGUGGCAUGUCUCCUCGCCAUACGUCGCCUUCAGCGAUUUGGGUUUCUCCCGGUCGAACCAAAGUUCUUCUACAAAGCAGCCUCCCCCGGUCAAUACACGGACGUGCGGUUGGCGGCCAUCAAGUGUCUGGCUGACUACGUUCGUGUUGAGAGGGACCAGGCUGCUUUAGACUGGCUGUUUGAUGAAAUAAUCGAGAAGAAUGUCGACUCAGAGGCAUCGUAUCCUCGUCUUCGCUACGAAACUGUCCGCCUUCUCAUAAACACUCCUCCGUUUCCACGUGGAGAGACGGGAAGUAGACUGGACAAGCCGCAGCUGGUUGACCGACUGUGGGCCCUGAUGAACUACGGCUGUGCGGGGGACUCGAGAUUGCGCUGUGCUGUAGCUGAUCUCUACUUCACGCUCUAUGGGAACAGGAGGCCGGCUUGCCUCCCCCUGGCAGAGGGUGUGCUCCUAGUUCGAGUCCGUGAGGGUCGAUCGAUGGUCAGACUCCCGGAGAAGGAGGGAUCAAUGGAUGGAGACCGGAGUGACGCAAACGAGGACACAAUGUUCGAGUCAACUGCGAGGCAGCAAACGGACGAUUCCUCACCCCCCGCCAAAAGAAGAAUGGAGCAUUUGAGUGAUGAUGACGAUGAGAUCUUUGUAAGAGUUUGUUUAGUUUUCACUCGGGGUUUUCGUCUAAAUCCAAAACGUUCUUGGGACCUAUGGGUCUCCGAAUUAUUGUGA